AUGGAAAACUCGGGAAAAGCAAAUAAAAAGGAUCUGCCUGAUGGAUCAUCAAAAGACGUCAAACUGUCUACCAAUGAAGCAUUUCUUGACUAUCACUGUCAUAUAAAGGAAAAUUCAGUGGAGCGAUUCAUGUUUCAAAUAAAGAAACUUAGAGAAAAAAACCAAAAGUAUCAUGAAAGAAAUAGCCGCCUCAAAGAUGAACAGAAACGACACCUCCGGAACCUACUAAAAGAACUGAGGGAGGAGAGUUCUGACGGGUCACCAGAGAUAACCAGAGAGGACGUCGAAGAAGCAAUGAAGGAAAAAUGGAAAUUUGAAAGAGACCAGGAAAAAUACUUGAAAGAUAUGCGUGUACAAAUUAACAAUGCCGAGAAGCUAUUUCUUGAGAAACUGAGCGAGAAGGAAUAUUGGGAAGAGUACAAGAAUGUAGGGAGUAUACAACACGCUAAACUCAUUACCUCCUUACAAAAUGACAUCAGUACAGUUAAAGAGAAUGCAGAGAAAAUGUCAGAACACUAUAAAACCACUCUGGAAGAUACUAGAAAGAAAAUAAUCAGAGAAACUUUGUUGCAACUGGACCAAAAGAAGGAAUGGGCCACACAGAAUGCUGUAAAGUUCAUUGACAAGAGCAGCUAUCGAGCGAUCUGGGAGAAUGACUGGCUAAAAAACGAAGUUGCAAUUCACAGGAAAGAAGUUGAAGAAUUAGAACAUACUAUUCAACAACUGGAAGAAGAAAAUUUGGUGCUUAUUGAUCAACUAUUCAACUGUAGACUUGUGGAUCUCAAAAUACCCAGGCAACUGUAUCUUACUCAAGCUGCUGGACUGGAAGGGCUACCUGAAGAAAAGCUUUUGGAGUCAGACUCACACAUAGAUAAGAGGUCCAGACUGCAGCAGAGCACAGAAGGGAAUGCAGACAUGAGGAGCUCCUCCACCGAGAGCUCCCUGCAUCUGAGCCCUGCGGACAGCAUGAGAUACAUCCAGUCUCUGAGGGCACAGGAACAGGACAGUUCAAGCACAGAGUGGUGUGACAUGAAAUACUUACUGUAUGAGGAUGAGAGGGAUUUCAAGGAUUAUCAAAAUCUGGGCCCCCUGGGAGUGAAACUCAUGAGUGUGAAGAGCAAGAAAAUGCCCAUUCAUUUUCAAGAGAAGGAAAGUCCAAUCAAAUUCUAUGAGGAUGUCAGGAGCUCAGGAAACCGCAUCACAUAUAAGAUGGUGAAGUCUUUUCUCUAA